AUGCGAUCUACUGAAGCGGAGCACGAUGAAAAUUUCCUGAAAGUCCUUGAUAGAAUUCUAGAAAUCAACCUGAAGCUCAAGUGGGACAAAUGCAAAUUCAAGGUGAAGGAAGUCGGGUAUGUUGGUUACCUCCUAACAGCAGAAGGAUUAAAGCCAGAUCCAGAAAAG